GCUCUAAUAAAAUAAAAGAAAAAAUAAAAUCACUCCCCUCACUCUUCGCGCCUCUUUGUGCUCUCUCCGCCCGCCCCAUCUUUAUCUGAAAAGGUGUUAGGGCUUUACAGUUUCCAUCAAGACUCGAAAACUCUGUCGGCAGCCAUCGAAACUAUGGCGAGGUACACAAGCCGGAGCAGAAGCUACAGUCCUCGCCGUAGCAGAACCCCUCCUCGUCGACACCGUCUUGACGAACCUCGCAACCGCGACCACUACCGCCCCACCCGCUCCCGUCGCGACCGCCGCUCUCCAGCCCCAUCCGGGUUGCUUGUUCGGAACAUCUCUCUUGAUGCUAGACCAGAAGAUCUAAGGAUCCCAUUUGAACGUUUUGGUCCAGUAAAGGACGUGUAUCUUCCCAAGAAUUACUACACUGGGGAGCCACGCGGCUUUGGUUUUGUGAAGUUCCGCAAUGGUGAGGAUGCAGCUGAAGCUAAGUAUCAUUUGAAUCAUACAAUUAUUUGUGGGCGCGAAAUAGCAAUUGUUUUUGCUGAAGAAAACAGGAAAACUCCUCAAGAAAUGCGCACAAAUCCACGCGCAAGUGGUAGACAUGGGGGAAGCUAUAGACGGCGAAGUCCACCUAGGUCUCCAAGGCGUAGAUAUCGUUCUUAUUCACAUUCACCCUCCCCAGUCAGGCGUGAUUCCAGAGAAGGGGAUCGUGGAACAAGGGAUUAUUACUCGCCAUCGCAUUCGCGGUCAGCUUCGCGAUCUGUCACCCCUCGUACUGAGAGGGAUUACAAGUCUAACCACAAGUCAUUAAGGCUGAGGGAGAAUGACUGGAGUCCUCGAGACAAGAUUGACCGUGUGUCAGAGGAGAGGUUGCCAAGCUUGAGGGGGAAAAACCGAAGGUCAACAAGUCCAGGGGACAAUGACCAAAGAUUCCAUGCCAAGAGGGAUCAUGGAUCAGUACGGAGGUCACGAAGUCCUAUGGAAGAAGAUCGAAGGUUGUUGAGGGCUCAUUCUGGUUCACCGCCACAUUCUCAUUCACGGUCUCUAUCGCAUUCUCGAUCCCGUUCUCGCUCUCCUUGUUCCUACAGUCCAUGUUAAUGGUGAGCUUGUGAGGAUCCAUCAAGAAGAUACUUGAAACUUAGCUGGGAAAGUACUCUGUUAAUUUGUCAGUAAUUUUAGAAGGGAGGCAGGAUUUUUACAUUGUAUAAGAUAUGGAGAAUAUUGCUAGUUGUGGAAUUGCAUUAUGGUUUUGGUUGAAAGUAUCAGGGAAUGCUUCUUACCAUGGCGUGACCUAAAUGCAUAUCCAACCUAAUGCAGCUUUGCUAAAACAUACCUUCAUCUCAGAUUGUUUCGCCUGCUUUUAUUGUCAUUGAGAUUUUUGGCUUGGGGGUUAUGCUAUAUAACGUUAGAAUGUGUUAUUAUUGUUCCUA